AGGGAAGGGUAUUUUGGGUAUAGAGAUGACUAUAAAUACGUGCGGUGAUAUUGUGUAUUCCCUGGUGUAAUCCAAACAGGGAAGAGCGAGGAAGACGAGAUUGUGUGUCUAUCGUCAAGAGGAAGAAGAGGGAGUAAUCGGAGGAGUGAAGGACCGGCGUUUGGCAACGUUGAAAGGUCCGGCGAUCGGAUGGUUAAAAAAUCUUCAAUUGAUUUGUGUACAAAUGAGGAUUUGACUAGCAACCAAGAAGAACGAGGUGAAGAAGAAGGAUUGAAUCUCGGUGGUUCUUUUGUUGCCUUCUUUUCCCGUUUGAUUUGAAGAUUUGUGCGACGGAGAUAGGUUACUGUGAUUCAAGUCUCGUCAGAGGUUUGGUCGAAUUUAUAAUCGCGUGCGAUUAUGAUUUAAAACAAAAACAGGUAUUGAAAAACCCUAGUUAUUCAUUUCUACGAUUUCUUUGUGGUUAACUUUCCCUCGAGCAUAGGAGAUUAUCUGCUUCGAUAUCUACGAUUCGCUUCGGAUUUGUUUGACAUUUAUUGUCGGCUACAAAAGAUUGAAAAUCCUCCAGGACUGAGCAGGAUCUACUUUAGACGAGCACAACUGAAGGAUUGGAGUUUUUCAAGGGCCGUACUGGUUCAUCGGAUGUGCUUUCUGGCUGACAUUCUCAUAUGUUAGUUUUAGAAACAAGCUAAAUUUCGAGACAUAUCACCGUUUCUUGUGAUUGUCAACACUAUAUGAAGCGUGAGAACAGCUCUGUUUUUUGGAGUUUUGACUUGAAAUAUUUUAUGCAAUUUUGCUCUGCUUCUUGUGUGACUUUAUAUGCGGGCAAAGGCAGUUGAGGCCUGGCGGCUACUUAACUACGACUGAAAUUGAAUGGUUGGAUUUUAGGGAAUCACUCUCGAUUUGCAGGAGCAAAAUGGUGACUGAGAAAGGUGUUGAUUUGUCUUCUAAACUUGUUACUUUUCAAUCGGGACAUGAUAUCUCAUGUUUGUUUGAUUGUGUCGACAUGCUCUGCAAUGUAAGGAGCCGCAUAUACUUUUGUGCUGAAGAUUAUAAGCAGUUGAAAUUUUGUUCUAGAACAGAGGAAGGCAGGGGGAUGCUUAGUUACUUAGGUCCUUUUUGGCCUUGGCUCCUUUUAUUCCAAUAGGAAAAUCUCUACUGGAUUCCAGAUUAGGGGAGUUAUCAUUUCCUUCAUUAAUGGGUUUGAAGUUGUGGAUGUGCUUCGGCAGCCUUUGGUUACAUGACAGAGGAGAAUGGGAUUUAGUGAUAUAGCAGCUAGUCAAAAUGCCGAAAGCAACCUUUAGAUAGAAUCACAUGUUCAGUAACUGGGUGGUGUCUUUACGUGCUUUGAAUUGUGAACCCAUCCUAGUUUCUUUAUGUUUUAUUGUUCUUAAUUAUGUGGUUGCGAAGAAGCCUGGUUCCAAGUGUAAGGAACCCAGUAUGUUCAAUGCGACAUUCACAAUUGGUGGAGCAUUUGCUGGCCUUCAAAACUAGUUAACAUGAUCUGCCUUAAGGUGAAAAAAAUAAGGUGGCAACCAAAGGCUAAUGUUCCUGUGAUAUGUUCAGAUUUCUGGUGACGAUUGUGGAACUGAUUUAGCAGUUUGAUGAGCACAGUUGGUGUAGAACAUGCAAAAUCUAUAAACCCUCAGUUGAAUUGAAAGAUGGUGACCAAGGAAAACAGGAGUAUGACAAGGCGCACCCGGAAACAAAUAAGUGGAAGCACAAUUGGGAUAAUGAUGGCAACUAAUACCUGUGCAAGAGGGCUUAAGGGAGCAGCAGUUUCUGAACCUGAGAAGGUUGGUGUUGUUGUUCGUGGAUGGCACUUCACAUACAAAGUAGAGCAAUUACCAAUAAAGAAAUGAAGAUUUGUAAUUCGAUCUCCAUCAGCACCACCACUACAGAAUCUUCCUGCGCAUACUGAAAUUCCUGAAGAUUUUGUUGUACCUAUUCAACAGGCUUCAGGCUGACCUUGUUGGAACUUAAACUUUAUGAGAAAGCCAUUGAGAACUGACAUUCUUACAACUCAGAAAUUUGAUGGUAUUGGAGAUUUAUCUGGUAUUGAGAUGCUUGCAACUAUGGUUUGUGAUAGUGGUGUGGUUGAUGAUAUUGACCAUGCAGUGGGGAAUGACUUGGCCGAAGAAUCAACAGAACAAGAACAUAACUCAUCAGCUUGUUCUAUUCCUGUGGAAGAAAAUAAUACAUCUGUAGAGGCAGCUUUUGUCUCUCCUAAGGAUAUAGUGUGCGAAUAUCAUGUGGAAAAUUCAGCUUUUCAGGAUAGUUCUGUUGCCCUCUCACAUAAACUUUCUGCUGGUCAGGAUGAUAUAAAGGUUGAAAAGUUUGGGUCCCCAAGAGAUGACAGGUCCCAUUGGGAUUUAAAUCUGUCAGUGGAUGCCUGGAAGCUGGCUUCUGCUGUUGGCCACGAUGAUUGCCAAACGGUCGUAAAACCUUUCUCUGCAAACAGGAAUGGAGCACUGCAGGUUCUGCAAGAUUGCAAAGUCCAGGAAGCUCACGAUCAUAACCAUAUCAAGUUUGGAAAAUUUGCUUUAUCUGGUGUACCAAGGAAUAUAUAUCCAUUUUGCGAGAGUUAAAAGACUUGCCUGUUCAGCCUAAUGGUUUUGACAGAGAGAAACAUAAAUUUGAUGAAUGUGCUGAUGUUUCCAUGAAUCAUGACGAAUGUUUUCCAACACCAGUAGGUAAUUCUGAGGAGCCUUCUAUCUCAUCUGUUACUGAUGCUGGUGGAUCGACACAGGUCGUAGGCAUGGAUCCAUGCGUUGAUUCGUAGUCAUGCCUAAAUGUCGGAAGCAACGAAUUAUAUGAGGCAACCAAAUGUUCUUCAUUUAUCAGAGCUAAUUUGAAUGAGAGGGCUGAAGAUGACAGACUCUUACGUAUAGAAAAUGUUCAGGUGGAUGAAUCCGAUGUUGCGUCUCCAUUUGUGCCGGUUUUGGAGAAGGUUACGUGUGAUGAGACUGGUAGUGAAAUAGAUCUGGGUUCUUCAUCCAAGUGUGAAAAUGCAUUGACCUAUGUGGAUGAACAUUGUCUGGUAAAUCUGGAUACAAGUGGACAAGCCGAUGUAUCUUUGUCAGUUCCUCAUAUUGAAACUGAUCUUCCUGGAUGUGACGUGUCUGAAAAGUUGAUGCAGGACGUGUCCUCAUAUUGAAUAUAUGUCUCAAUAAGUCUGUAAAACAUAUCAUAAUGAUCAAACCAGCGGCUUAAGUAAGAUGGCUACAGAAGAUCAGUCUGCUGACUGCUCUGACUCUGAUGUUUCAAAAAAUAAUAAGUAUCAUUUGGUUUUUCAGCCUACCCAGAGAUGUAAGUUAUACCAUUUUGACAAUUUUAAUUUGAACUAGUUUUUAUAACACUGAUGAUGUUUAAAUUAGAACUCAAAUUAAUUAAAAAUUUGACUUAAUAAAUUGUAAUUAGUAUUGGUUUUAAAUAAAUUAAUUAAUGAACACUUACUCUUAAACACAUAAUCUAUAUACCCACCUCAUAUAGUGUUUAAUGUGUUAUAAUGUUAAGAUGGUAAAGUAAAUAUCGCAUAACAGAGUUUAUUUAUGAUAUGCAAAAAUUUAACUUUAGAACUUUACAAUUUUGAUAUUAUAUUUAUAUUUAAAUAUUAAAAGAAAAGCAAGGGUAUAAAAGUAAAUUUGCAAAAGUGACCGUUGUGCUGCCCCGUUGGGCAUAAAAGGGGGAGCCUAAUCUUUGUAAACCGAUUUCGAAAACAAUCAGCGAAAGAAACGUUGCUAACAAAACUGUAGAGAGAAAACAGAGAGCUGUGAAGAUCGUAGUCGAGAAAUUCAACUCCAAAGAGCGAGAAAGUUCCUUUACAGAGCCCGGAAGGAUCUGUUCGUCGAAACACCGCGAAUAGUUUCUUCUAGUUGCAGAAGAGCAACUUGAAUUUCUACCCACAAAAAACCAAUGGCUUCACAGGCUGGUGGUUUGGUUCAAGAUCAGAAUUUUGCUCACACCAGUGGCACUGGGCCUUCUGUUGGGAGCAAGACAAACGUUUCAAAAGCAGUGAGGAAAGGGGGACUUGGUGGGAGGAAACCUCUUGGUGAUUUAUCAAACUCGCUGAAGCCUAAAACCCAGAAUCCCAAUAUUUUCUCCUCAAUUGAGAAAGAGCUUGCUGUCAAGAAGAUCACAAAUGAUGCUAGUAAGAAGGGAAGUAAGAAAAUCACAAAUGAUAAUGAAAAACUCCAGAUUGGUAACAGGAAAGCGCUUUUGGACAUCUCGAAUUCUGGAAAGCCAGAGCUGCAUAAAGGAUCAAAGAAGAGCAGCAAGACAAAGCUGAGUGUCUUUGCAGAGGAGACAAUUCAUGAUGGUGCCGUCACUGAGGAAAGAUUUCUGCACAACCAUCAAGAGUGCAUCAAAGCACAGAGACGAGCUAUGGACAUGGAUCAAUUUCUCAACACUGUUGGACUUGAUAGUGGUUUGCCACGUAGGUCCCCAUCUCCACGGUCAUCUCCAGUGUUCAACAAAACGAAGCCUGAGAGUUCCUGGAAGACCUCGGAAAUGGACGAGAUGGCUGAGCAUCGGUUGAUAGAUGAUCCAUCUCAUAGUAACCUCCAUCUCUCACCCCCUUGUAAAACCCCGGGACUAAUAAAUCAUGAUCAUGGCUGGAAGGAUGAUGAGUUUGUUAACUUUGAGUUGAUGGACACACCAGCAUUUCCCAAGCACUGAGUUCUAUCCCGCUAGCCCCAUAGCUGGUAUAAGAUUGUAAACUUGCAAUCAUGUGAAGCCUGUUCUUUUGCUGCCCCGGAUUCGGUUUGAGUUGAUGCUUUUUUUUUUUUUCUGGGUGAUGACAGUUCUUGGGUAAUUUUCUUUUUGGUAUUCAACAGCUUUCUGAGCUUUUAAAGCCCGUGUUGAAAUUCUAUUACAUUUGGAUACCGGUUGAUUGGAGUCUUUUAGUUAGUCCUGUCUCUUAUUUGGCUGUUCUUGCUGUUUGAUUUUUAGCCGGUUAGGUUGUAAAGAUGGAAAUUUGUAUUUGAAUGGAAUAGACUUCUUUGGGAUCA